AUGGCGUGGGAUCACCUCGAUAUUGAUAAGCCCCACCUGGCGUACAUGAUCCUGGGAGGCUUCACGGGGCUGUUUAUGCUUUGCUCGCUCUUCGUCAAGGAGAAACUGUAUAUCGGCGAAGCAACUGUCGCGACCAUAUGUGGUAUCAUCUUCGGUCCUCAUGCGGCGAACCUUUUCAACCCCAUCGAGUGGGGCAAUGUGGACAAAAUCACCCUCGAAUGCUCUCGUAUUGUCCUGGUUGUGCAAUGUUUUGCGGUGGGUGUCGAGCUACCAAAGGCGUAUAUGGAACGCCAUUGGAAGUCAGUGACACUCCUGCUUUUACCAGUCAUGACCUGGGGCUGGUUAAUCACGAGUCUUUUCAUAUGGUGGUUGAUUGAACCACUUACCUGGCUUGAAGCUUUGGUAUGCGCAGCGUGCGUCACGGCCACCGACCCCGUCCUUGCUUCUUCUGUUGUCGGUAAGGGUAAAUUUGCCAAGCGUGUUCCGAGGCAUUUGCGAGAUCUUUUGUCUGCGGAGUCAGGCUGUAACGACGGAAUGGCAUUCCCGUUCAUUUAUCUUUCGUACUACAUCUUGCAUUACCGCCCAGACGCGGGCGCUGUCUCGCUUCAUUGGUUCUGCAUUACCAUCCUGUACGAGUGUGUGUUCGGAGCAAUCUUCGGUUUUACAAUUGGCUAUGCGGCUCGCCAUGCAAUCAGAUUGGCCGAACGCAAGCAGCUGAUUGACCGUGAAAGCUUCCUCGUGUUCUACUUUGUGCUCGCCCUUUUCUGCGCGGGUUCUGGAAGUCUUCUUGGUAUGGAUGAUUUGCUGAUCGGCUUUGCUGCCGGUGUUGGCUUCAGCAACGACGGUUGGUUCACGGAGAAGACGGAGGAGUCGCAUGUGUCCAACGUCAUUGAUUUGUUGCUCAACUUGGCCUACUUCGUGUACCUCGGAGCCAUCCUUCCCUGGGCUGAUUAUAACAACGCCGACCUUGGCCUGAACGCCUGGAGGCUGGUUGUCAUUGCGAUUCUUGUCAUUUUAUUCCGUCGCAUUCCGAUCAUGUUGCUUCUCAAACCGAUUAUUCCGGACGUGAAAACAUGGCGCGAAGCCCUGUUCGCCGGCCAUUUUGGUCCCAUCGGUGUCGGUGCCAUUUUUGCUUGCAUCUUGGCCAGGGCCGAACUUGAGAACGGCUCUACACAACCCGUGGUGUCCGACCAAUUGCCCAAGCCCCAUACGCACAAUUAUUAUGUUGUGCAAAUCAUUUGGCCGUUGACGACGUUCAUGGUCAUUUCAUCCAUCCUGGUUCACGGAUCGUCUAUCGCGGUCUUUACUCUAGGGAAACGCAUCAACACCCUGUCGAUUACUCUGUCCUACACCCAGGCCAACGAAGAAGGACCGUCUUGGAUGAACCGCUUACCGCGUGUUCAGUCAUUGGCUAAAGGCUCAAUGUCUUUCCGCAAAGCUGAAGACUCUGAAGGAUCGUCGCCCAAUGAACCCGAAUACCCUCCUGGAACUUUACCGCCAAUCGGCCUUCCUGGCAACUUCCUGCGCCGGGUACAGGAAGAUGAUACUGGUUCGCCGACUGGCAGGGUCUCCAGCCGCAGGGGUCGGAGACGCCGCAGAAAGAACGACGGGGCUGGAGGUCCGAUCAGCCAGUCUGCCAUUGCGCCUCUACGACCAUCGGAGGUGGAAUCUGAAGAUGCUGAGAAAGCUCUCGGAGAUACAGGAUCGUCGACACCUUCGCCCCCUCCUGCCAAAUGGCGUGAGGCUACGGUCAACGUUUAUGUCGAGGGCUCUGAUUUAAUCUUCGAGGAUCGGGAUGGAAACGUGUUGAAGACUGAGCACGUCGGCCACAUGUCGUCUGAAGAGCAGAAGCGCCAUGUCGAAGCUGAACGAUCCAAGUUGAACUUGGAAUUCCAAAAGUCACCCGAUGAGGCCAAGCCGGAGGGCUCUGAGCAGCAACCCACCAUCGGCGAUCAACUCGAACAGACAGUUAGUGACAAAGCAAAGCGUCGACGAUUUGGUCAAUGGCUUGGCUUCGGCAAAGACCGGCCUGAGAAGACGGCAGAAAAGAAAGCUGAGGAGGAGAAUACGGAGAAGGGCCAGGAGAAGACCGCUGAACAGACCGACCCUAAGGCCGCCAAGAGCAAAAGUCGCUCUGCCCAUGCCUACCAGUUCGGUAACACCAUCAUUGUCGAAGACGCAGAUGGUGAAGUCAUCAAGAAAUACUCCAUUCCAUCAGGUGACAAGCCCGAACCCAAGGCGAACGCUCCUGUCCGACGCGGACUGGUCCGUAUGGGUACAUGGUUCGGCAAAGAAGGAGAGGGCGAAUCGUCGCAGGCAGGGAAAAAGACGCAGGCAGACGAGUGGCUUGCUGAUGAUGGACUCCGGUUCACUCUUGCAAACGAUGAGACUGUUGGCAAACACGGUAUCAAACACAAAGGUCAGCGCAUGACUAAACAACAGUUUGCCGAUCAGAUUAGGAAUCUUGCGCCAAAGGCCCGGCAAAGUGUUGUGGAGGAGUCCGAUGCCCCUGAACGUGUUAAGGAUGCCGCUCGCGACGACGCUCGGCAGGCGGACGAAAGGGAACGCCGUGCAUCUACCGCUGGCCUUUCUCCCCAAACAGAUACGCCCCAUGAUGAUUUGGAAUCUGUCAGUAGUGGCAGUGAUGACGAAGCGGAUUCUGAACAAGUGCCCGGUCCCAACGUUGCCGAGACGUUAGCUCGUAUUGCCGCAGGAACCGCCGCCGAUGAGCGACGCAGGGACCUUAGCCCAGUUGCUUCACCUCGUCAACGGAGCCCUCGUUCACGAAGAGACUCGGAAGAUGACGGCACCGAACGAAUUCCGCCAUCUCAGCUCCGCGAAGCCGCUGGAUUCCCGCCUCCGCCGCAAGAGGCUGACCUAGAUGACACUGGGGAAACGCCAGCUGAACGUCGACGUCGUCUGGCUGCCUUGGGUGAGUGGCAUAACUCAGAUUCGGAAGUUGGUGACUCGGACGCUGUCGAGUCUGCUAAUGAGAGCGACGCUGGCUCACGGAGGCCACGCGGUAGAAUCUCCUUUGCCGAUGGGACAAAUCUUGCGGCAGGGAGCACCUACGACCGUGAGGGCAACGGGCUGGGCUCGUCGCGGUCACGGUCUGGGCGGAACAGGCCAAGGGUAGCCUGGGGCGGCCAAAGAGGCCGAGGCAGUUAA